CGGGUCCCCGCAGGGGUGAUGAUCAUUAGUGGAGCGAGGACUGCUGCAUAAUUGGGAGCUCCAAGUUGCUGCUGCCUCCAGGAGAGAUCAGUGGGGCUAUUGCUUUUUCCUUUUGGAAAAAAAGCCACACAUUUGAUCACCAUCUACCUGCAAAGGGGAGUUUUUAUUGAAGAAGCUCGCGCUCGUUGCCAGCAGCCUGGUGGCGGGGCUCUCGCAGAGUGAGUGACUUCUCAGGCCAGGCAGGACAGCCGUGCUAGCAAAUUUGAAAGAGCAGGAAACAGCCACUGCAUGCAGAGCUUUCAGCCAUACAGCUCCCCAGGCUAGCCUUCCAAGCAGCCGUGUAGCCAGAGAUCUUUGGUAUUGUGAUCACAUCCCUCCUCCAAAGUGGACAGUCACCGCCGGCGACACUGGGAGGAAGCCGUGAUGCUGCAGCUGCUGUGGCAUUUUCUGUCUAGCUUUCUCCCUAGCGCUGGGUGCCAAGGCUCCAGAGAGGGGACCAGUAAUGAAGUCAGAGGCACCCCGGCUCCAGCUCGGGGAGACCAGAUGUCGAGCUUUUUGGGGAAACAGGACGGAAGGGCUGAGGCCACGGAAAAGAGACCCACCAUUUUGCUGGUGGUCGGACCCGCAGAGCAGUUUCCUAAGAAAAUUGUGCAAGCUGGAGAUAAAGACCUCGAUGGGCAGCUUGACUUUGAAGAGUUUGUCCAUUAUCUCCAGGAUCACGAGAAGAAGCUGAGACUGGUGUUCAAGAGUUUGGACAAGAAGAAUGAUGCAGGCCGGAUCGAUGCCCAGGAGAUCAUGCAGUCCCUGCGGGACCUGGGAGUCAAGAUAUCCGAACAGCAGGCCGAGAAGAUUCUCAAGAGAAUACGAACGGGCCACUUCUGGGGCCCUGUCACCUACAUGGAUAAAAACGGCACGAUGACCAUCGACUGGAACGAGUGGCGAGACUACCACCUUCUGCACCCUGUGGAAAACAUCCCCGAGAUCAUCCUGUACUGGAAGCAUUCCACGAUCUUUGAUGUGGGUGAGAAUCUGACAGUCCCUGAUGAAUUCACAGUGGAGGAGAGGCAGACGGGGAUGUGGUGGAGACACCUGGUGGCCGGAGGCGGGGCGGGGGCCGUAUCCAGAACUUGCACGGCGCCCCUGGACAGGCUGAAGGUGCUCAUGCAGGUCCACGCCUCCCGCAGCAACAACAUGUGCAUCGUGGGCGGGUUCACGCAGAUGAUUCGAGAAGGUGGAGCCAAAUCACUCUGGCGAGGCAACGGCAUCAAUGUCCUCAAAAUUGCCCCCGAGUCGGCCAUCAAAUUUAUGGCCUACGAGCAGAUCAAGCGUCUCGUGGGGAGCGACCAGGAGGCUCUGAGGAUUCACGAGAGACUUGUGGCUGGGUCCUUGGCGGGGGCCAUCGCCCAGAGCAGCAUCUACCCGAUGGAGGUUCUGAAGACCCGGAUGGCCCUGCGCAAGACAGGCCAGUACUCGGGCAUGCUGGACUGCGCCAGGAAGAUCCUAGCCAGAGAGGGGGUGGCCGCCUUCUACAAAGGCUAUGUUCCCAACAUGCUGGGCAUCAUCCCCUAUGCUGGCAUAGACCUAGCCGUCUACGAGACGCUCAAGAACGCCUGGCUGCAGCGCUACGCGGUCAACAGCGCGGAUCCUGGCGUGUUCGUGCUCCUGGCCUGCGGCACCAUGUCCAGCACCUGCGGCCAGCUGGCCAGCUACCCACUGGCCCUGGUCAGGACCCGGAUGCAAGCCCAAGCCUCCAUCGAGGGUGCUCCAGAGGUGACCAUGAGCAGCCUCUUCAGACAGAUCCUGCGGACCGAGGGGGCCUUUGGCCUGUACCGGGGGCUGGCCCCCAACUUCAUGAAGGUGAUCCCAGCCGUGAGCAUCAGCUACGUGGUCUACGAGAACCUGAAGAUCACCCUGGGUGUGCAGUCGCGGUGAUAGGCCAGGGGCAGCCGCGCCUUGCUCGACGGACUCACGGAUCCCGGGCCCGCAGCCCUGGGGUGCGCAGCCAUCCAUUCUGUGAAUGUGCCAACACUAAGCGGACUGAAGCCAAGCUGUGAAAAGCCUGGGAUGCGCCCGCGAGGGAGUGGGGGAGGGCCCGGCAGGCCCACCGGCUGCGUCCUGCUGACCCCGGCCAGCCGGCACAUCUGUCCCAGGGGCCAGCAGGACACGGGCAUGUGCACGCAGGGACGCGACGUCUCCAGUGGUGCCUGCCGGAUGGCAGGGCCCGGAGCUGGCCUCGUUCUUCUUCCAUCGCGCAGCCAGACCACCAGCCGCGGGCCCUGCCCUUUGGCCUGCCGGGCGCCCACCCCGUGCCCGUCUUGCUUCCAUGUUCGCGCUCGCCCCUCCCCCCUCGGUCCGAGGGGGCCUGGCUUCCUGGCCUGCAGGGUCCCCUCUGGCCAGGUUGUGCCAGCCAGAGGGAGGAGGAGUCUGGCUUUGUGCUCACCCUCAUCUGAGCCCUGCUGUUGGCUUCUGAGCUCCCCGACAGACGGGCCCCUGGAUGUGCGUGUGCAUUCAGGGGACAGGGCCCAGCACCUCCACUGGCCACCUGGCAUUCUGGCGCGUGGCUUCCCGGAAGGUGCGUGCUGGCCCCUUGCUGCUCCUGCUGCCGGCGGGUGGGGAGGCGGUUGGCAGGGCGUAUCUUGGUGCUCUGAGCUGGCCCCAGACUCUGUCAGGACUGGAGCCGGCUCAGAACCAAAACUCCCUGUCCCCGCUCUGGAAUGAGAACAGAGUGGGCAUCCCAGAGUUGCGGGAAGGGGCAGCCGCUGCCCCGCAUCUGUGCACCCCGAUGAGAGAAGGAAAAGGUGU